AUGGCAAGUGAGAUAGUUAAGUUUGCUGUGGAUAGGCCGACAUGGACCAAAAUGGUGAAAGAUAAUAAACUUGGAGAAGCCAAUAUCUAUUCCACGCCCUGCGAAUCUGGAUCAAAAGUCAAUAUAUCGCAAUACCUCCUUCUUCGAAGUGUCUGGUUCCAACACCCUAAGAGCAAAACAAAAGACCUCGAGAAAUGGGGAAUUAAGGAGUUCAAACAAGCGGACAAAUGGCUCGAGAAUAAUAAGGACUGGUUGAUAUAUCUCGAAAACCUUUCGCAAAUUACCAACUACACUGGUCCCCCUCACAGUCUCGGAACAUUUUCAUAUGUUUGGUUUGCCCAUCACCAGGUAAUCAGCCUGCCGGAGCAAUAUGAACAAGUGGAAGACCAGGACAAAAAUGUUUCGUAUAGCCCAAUAUCCAGCCGACUCCGAUCUGCAGCCCACAAGACCAACAUGCACGGCAGAGAGGAAUCACCAACUCCAUUGGGGAAAAAGGGAUACCAGACACCCCCUGAUCAGAUCACGGGAUAUGGAGGAUAUUCUCCUUCGGAGGAGUUAGCUGAGGGUAUCCGCAAUAUGACGGUUCAUGAAAAACUCCAGAAAAAGCCCAUCAGAUAUUUCAAACAGUGA